AUGGCGGGAGAGAUUGUCAAUUUUGACAGCUCAGAGGUUAUCUUUGGACGGUACACUUCGGAAACUAAGUUUAUUGAAUCGAAAACUAAUGAGAUUGAACACUAUUUCAUUGGACAGCACGUCACACUGCUUUUGAAAUUAAAACUUUCCAAUGAAACUGUUAACAGGCUGAAGAGUGUUCACCCUCCAGGACGUAGCCCUCUGUUGGAAAAUAUUAACACUUCAAUAAAACGUCAACUGAACCAUGGUGUUGAUGUUAGAUACAAGGUUGUUCCUUUGAAAAAGCUUCCCAGUAUUGCACUGCAUUCAUCGACAGAUUGUCUGACGUGUCAUGUAACCGCAAGUCAACAUGAAGAGUCUGAACAGCAAAACGAACAGUCACUGGAACCAACAUUUUCAUGUGACAAGAAAUUCUACCAUAAACCAGUAUGGGUGACUAUACCAGAGUUACCAUUUGAAACCAGCCUGGCCAGUCUUGUCAUCCUCAUUCAGCCAGCCUGUAAACACACUCCAAGAUGGCUUAGCAGUCCAGCAAAGUUAGACACCUUUGAUAAUCUGCAAGAAGUCACAAAUGACAAAGCAGAAGGUGGAAAAUUAGUUUCAAGGAAAUUCAAGGUGAUUCAUCCCCCAUUCAUGAUGUUUCAGCAAAUCAGUGUUGGUAGCCAGAAAACUGUAUUUUUGGAAGUGUCUAAUCUCUCUCAGAAGCCAGCUGUCAUCAAGGAAUGUUUCUUCAAGCCUGCAAUCUGUCCUAAAUCGGGGACAUCCCUACCUUGCAAGAAGGAAAAAACAAAUGAGCGACCAUGCUUGCUUCAUAGUGACAAUAUUGCGACACUGAUGAAUGACCAGGGGACUAUUUUACCUGAACGUCUACUACCUGGGGAAAAAGUUUCACUUGCUGCCAAUAUUAAUGUGAAUGCACUUCAUAAUAGCUGUCUAAAAGAUGAGCUGUCAUGGGAAGCACAGUUGACAUGGGCCAUUGAUAAGAAUUCCAUGAAACAGUUUACCAUUGCUACAACAUACAGGUUGCCUAACUUAAAGCUGAAGAAAGGAUUGUUUAUAAUGUCAGCAUAUUGCAACAAAUCUUCGCUUAAGAAAGGUGAAAGGGUCUGCAUAACAUAUACUAUACAGAAUAACCUUCAUGAGUUUCUGUCAAUUCGGUUGUCAUGGCAACCCCCAUCUGCAGACGAACAGGAUAAUGGCCACAUGAUGACCACACACACUGCAGAUGGUCUUGUGUGUGAAGAACCGUCAGUCCUGCUGGGUGCAUGUCAGGUAGGGGAGACUUUGAAAGCCAAAGUUCACUUCAGGGCGUUACGCUUAGGCUUAUACGAGGUGUGUAAACACAUGAAGGUGAAUCUGCGCUACUCUAUUCCUGUGUCGGAUUCAUCCACCAUGACUAGCCAAACAAGCCCGCUAUCCACACAGUCCGACGAUCCACAAAUGCUACACUCAACGUUAGAAGAUAUUGGGGGGAUACAAUCCAACAGCCGACUGACUGCUAGUGAUUUAGUGCCAAAACUAUCACCGCAUCAUAAAUCUCUGUCGUUUUCUGACCUCGGACAAGAUAUCUCGGAUGAACUGUUUACUUCAGGAAAACGCCGUGAUCCGCAGUCACCUUGGUUACAAAAGAACAUCCGGUCAUUGAGCGCAGUGGAAUAUGAGAAGCUGUUACUGAGUGCUGAUAACUUUAUUAAGAACUCUUGCCUUGUUAAAGUUGACAAUAAUUAAGUCAAUAAGUUUGAUCAAAGGUCAGUUUUAUUUAAUUGUAAUUACGAAUAUAGUGUCUCAAAACAAGGGAUGAUUAAAAAGUUAUCGGAAA